AUGUCUACAUUUCCAGAGGAUACGCCAUUAAUAACAGCAGAGGCUGAAGACGUGCCAGAAUUUGACUUUUCAAAAUAUAGUAGGUUCGCUAUCUUUAGAAGGUCAAAGACAGCGGUAAUAUGUGUCGCUUCUAUUGCACUCUUUACCGAUAUGUUAGUAUAUGGGAUAAUAGUUCCAAUACUUCCUUUAAUUGUUAAAGAGAGGCUUGGCAUGGACUCAACGUCCACUGGAUUGCUUUUUGGAUGUUACGCACUCGGACUUUUACUUUCGACUCCUAUCUGCGCCGUUUUUAGCGACCGAUGUCAUACACGCAAGAUACCUAUGAUAAUUGGAAUGGCUGGUCUAGGAAUCUGCACGCUUUUCUUCAGCAUUUCUAACACCUUUUGGCAAUUGAUGCUGGCAAGAGUCGCGCAAGGUGCAGCAGGAGGAGCAUCCUGGACUGUCACCUUGGCCAUGCUGGCUGAUCGAUUUGGAACUGGACCCAAGCUUGGAGUCGUUAUGGGAACUGUUCUAUCUGCAAAUACAGUAGGCUUUAUUGCUGGUCCAGUAAUUGGUGGGAUUCUCUACCAAUACUGGGGAUACUCUUCUCCUUUUAUUUUCUGCUCUAUACUUUCGUUAGUUGGAUUUUUGGCAGCGUGCACCAUUGUCGAUCCGAUUAAUUUACGAGAAUGGGACCUAGCAAUAAGUAGAAGAAAUAGAAAUUUUGAAGACCCACCAGAUUAUUGCGAAGUAGAACCCAGCUAUAGUAGUAGCAAUCCCCUUUCAAUCUGGAAUUUAAUAAAAGAUUGGGAGGUUAUCUCGAUUUGUUUGACGCUUUCAAUUGUGGCUAGUGCAUUUUCUGCCAUCGAACCAACUUUUCCAAUCUAUCUUCGUGAAGAAUUUAAUGCUGACCCAUCCGAAAUCGGCCUCGUUUACAUAACAGUGGUGAUUCCAACUUUUGCGUCACCACUCAUUGGUUAUUUAUCAUAUUAUGUUGGACAACGAAGGCUAUGUGGUAUUGGAAUUUUAUGGAUCAGUGUCGCUUUACCACUGAUUGCUUUGCCGAACAAUUUAUGGUUAGAAGUUAUUCCAUUAUUCUUUUUCGGAGCGACUUAUUCAAUUAUUUCCACACCGUCGCUUCCACUGUUAGCAGAAAGGGUUAAAGAAAUGGGCGGUGGUGCAUACGGUCAAGUUUACGGACUUUGGAAUAUGGCAUAUAGUCUUGGAAUGUUUAUAGGACCUGCUAUUGCUGGCGUUUUAAUGGAAUAUUACAGGUUUUUUGGAAAUCCAUUCAGAUAUAAUCCUCUUAAAUGUUUUAAAUGCUUUAAUGAGGGAUAUUCCAGACUUCCACAGUACGAUCCCGAAAAUGAGUAG